AUGUCACAGUUGGAAUUUAAGUCUUACAUAGUAGUCACUCUUAUGAGAAUGGAUGAACAAGCCAUCGAAAAUGAUAUUCAAGGCGAGGAACGAACGGGAUCAGGUUACCAAGUAAGCUUUCCUUCAAGACGAAUUUAUGGACGACCAUCAAAAGUAGCAUUGCCUAUGGAUAUUCGAUUUGAUAAUGUUGGUCACGUUAUCAUAGAGGAGGAAAAUAAAGCAAGAAGAAGAUGUAGACAAUGCAAAAACAACACUAUCUACAUGUGUGCUAAGUGUCACGUGCAUCUACAUGCUAACUGUUUUGAUCUAUUCCACGCUAAGUGUUAA